AUGGCGUCGAACUCAAUCAUCCUCUCACUCCCGCCCAAGACGUUUGUAGGCUUAGACUUGCUGUCCUUCAACUCCUCGCCCAACUUUCUCGGCAUCGCGAGAGUCCCGUCAGGCCUCCACUUCCUGUACACAGGGACUGACGCGUCACUGUCAAUCCGGCAUGGCAGAUGGCUGAAACUUGGCGCAACCGCAGAGACACAUGUUCUCGAAUGGAAUGGCGAUACUGAGAGCCUUGACUUGGUGGACCCGAAGGAUCCCUCUGCGCAGAAUGCAACCACUUCGGCCUCGAAUGGCCGUGGACUGGUCGAUUACGCUGCUCUACAGAAUGCGACAUCGGACUUGGCAGCUCGCGAAGCCCAGAAUGAAGAUGCUGAUGUAGGACACAAUCGGCAUUCAGCAGACGAGGGCCGCGUAGUAUCUACAGACUGGCCUAGCAUGACCACGCAUAUCACUCCUUCUUUACUCGAUCGCGUGCUAUCCCCCGACUGGCUCGUGUCAUCAGUCUCCUCCGCGCCGCAUGAUACCGAAACCGUUCCCGGCCUUUCGCAUCUAGAGGUCUCCAAUGUCCUUGAUCAACUUCCGCUCAACCUUCUGUCUAUCAACCCAAAGCAGACCUGGGCGGAGGGCGAUGUCGGUCGAAUCAGAACCGACCGCGCGCGAGAUCGAAGCUGGUACCUGACCCAUCUUAUCGAGAAUGUUACUCCGGAGGGCAAGAACAGAGUAUUCGGUGCCCGAGAAAUACUAGGCGAACUGCAAUUCUGCUUCCUCAUGGUCCUGACUCUUGCAAAUUACAGCUGCCUGGAGCAAUGGAAGCGCUUACUUUCCGUCUUCUUCACAUGUCGAACGGGGUUAGAUGAGGUCGAGGAGUAUUUUGUGCAAAUGCUCAAAGUCCUACAGCUACAAGUGAGACAUGUCGAGGACGUCGAAGGCGGGCUGUUCGAUCUCAGGGACGAGAAUGCCAGUUCCUGGUUACGAUCGCUCUGGGCAAGGUUUAGAGGUGUAGUAGAUGAGGCGGCCAAGGGGGAAAGGGAGACAUUGAAAAAAGAGGUUGCUGACCUCCAGAAGUUGUUUGAGGACAAGUACGGCUGGCAGAGUGAGAGGGACCUUUUAAGGCGCGGGAUGUUAGAAUUGGAAGACGGCGAGCGGAUCGAGGUGACUAUGCCCGGUGUCGACGAAGACGAGGAAACGGGCGAAUAUGCUCCGGUCAUUGUGGAAACCUAG